CUUCAUCCCAGCAGCUGCGUAGUUGACCAAACCCUCAAGUGCUCGUUUCUCUCCUACCGUUUCAUCAUAUAAAACUUACCUUUCGCCCAUAGCUGCUGGCGGCUAGACACAAUCGUCGAAGGCCGAUUAGAAUAACUGAAAAUAAAGAAAGAAGCGAAGAAGAGCAAAUCUUUUAUACGAGCCUUCUCAUUUUGUUACUAUCAUUAUUAUUAUUAUUUAUCAUAUUAUCAUUGCUUUUGCUAGCACUAUUCACUCAUUAAAGAGCCUAGCUCAUCUCGUCAAUAUCGCAGAGAUCGUAGUCACUUCAAAAAUAUACAGGAAUUUGAUACUUCAAUUCUGGAAGAAAAUCAGGCCCAUCAGGUCUUUAAAGCAAUACAAUCACAAGAUCAUCAUAAGAUUGCCUGAAUCACCACAUUUCAUUCCCUCGAGCCAUCUUUUAUUUAUUUAGCCCACCUUAUCAGCCUCCCUACCACGACCACGACCACGACAACAACACAACCCACUCACCUCCCACAUCCCACAUCCCCCCCAAUGGAGAACCAGACGCAAAACCAGCAUCCCCCGGCCCUCGGGCACCGCCGCGCAGCCCAAAACGCCGCCUUCCGGGAGAAACUGCGGCAGAUGGCCCUGCCCCUAGCCCCCCUAGUCCAGCUGACCACCGGCGAGAUCCACCAGUCGUUCCCGCACACGCUGCUCAACUUCUGGCUGCUGACGGACGCGGAGCUCGAAGAGCUGGCGCACUUCUACCACCAGCGCACGCCCUGCCAGUGGACCUUCCACUACCCGUGCCCCAUCGUCUGGGCCUCGGACAUGCCGCUGGAGGAGAAGCGGCGGCGCAUCGGCCGGUUCAUCGGGCUGCGGGGGUGCGAGACGCCGACCGUGGCAGCGGCAGCGGCCCCGGCUACUAGGAGCUUAAGCGAGGAGGAGAUUCUCGAUCAGGCCCGGCAGGCUAGGUUGUUUUCGGAUGAGGAGGAGGCGUGGAGGAGGAAGUUUGGGUGGUAUAAUUAAAUUAAAUUAAAUUAAUUGGCUGCUUGGGCGGUUAGUUACCUAGGAACAGCAACUCUAGGGAGAGAAAAAGAAAAAGAAAAAGAAAAGGGGGAAGAGAGAAGAGAGAGAGAGAGAUACGCACAUGUAAUAGGGGAGGUGGUUAUAUUCUAUUCUUUACGAUCCCUGAACUUAAAUAUUUAUUUAAUAUGAGCACUUGCAGAAA